AUGUUGCCCCUUGAAGGCCGCAGCCAGUCGAUUUUCAUCGUUACUACUGUCUUCCUCGGCAUCUCAUUUAUUGCCGUAUGUCUACGAUGCUUCGUACGGAUACGACUUGUCAAGGCCUUUGGCUGGGAUGAUGCCUUUAUGGUAUGCGCAAUGUUGUUGAAUAUAUUGUUCGCUCUAUGCGGUAUCACUGGCGCAUUCUAUGGACUCGGACAAAAAUCCGAUGAUCUGGUGGAGAGGGGUACGUUGGAAACCGCAAUGUUUUGGUGGUGGCUCGGUCAAACCAGCUAUGUCUGGACCUGUGCCCUGGCCAAGAUCUCCAUUGCACUCGCCCUCCUCCGCUUGACGGUUUCCAAGCCACAUAAACUCGUGUUAUGUACUGUCAUUGGAGUUACUUGUACUAUUGGUAUCGUCUUCUGGUUCAUGUUGACACUGCAAUGUCAACCGGUUGCGUUCUUUUGGCAACGAGUUCGCCUUUUGACGGACCCUCAUGCCAAUGUUUCUGGCACCUGCAUGAACCUUGACCAUAUCAUUAACAUGGCCUAUGUCUACAGUGUCACUGCUACAAUCUGUGAUCUUACCCUGGGUCUUUUGCCUAUUGCCCUAGUGUGGAACUUGCAGAUGAGGCUAAGGACCAAGGUUGCAUUGGCGGGCAUUCUGGGAAUGGGAUGCAUUGCGAGCGCAGCAGUCAUCAUUCGCAUUCCCUUCUUGCACGACUACAAGGAUGUUGACUUCCUAUACGCAACCGCCAACAUCUCAAUCUGGUCCAAUGUCGAAGCCAGCCUCGGAAUUGCCGCAGGCAGUCUGGUAACCCUUCGACCCUUAUUCCGCUGGUUCCGCGACCCCAGCUCGGGAGGAGGAAGCAAGAGCAAAACGAAGCGCACCGGCGGCAGCAUCCCCCUCUCAAGCGUCAAUGGAGUACGCUCCACUACGUCCAAUCCACAAUACUGGCGGCCAGACCUAGACCGGGAAGACCAACAUACGGUGAUUACGACGAUUCAAACCUCGAAUGAGUCCGCGACUAGCCGGACGAGUAGCCAAGAAGAUCUGAAUCCGACAAACGGCGGCACAUUCUUUCAGGGGGUGAAUGUCCAAAAAUCGUUCUACGUUUCGGAAGAUCACUCAUCCUAA